CGAGAGAGAGAAAGUGUGUGUUUGUGUGAGUGCAUGGGGCUCAGGGUUUCGGGGAUUGCGUUGAGGAGAGUUGUUGUUGUUGUUGUUGUUGUGAGGUUUCAGCUUUGGGAGAAUCAGGCUAUGGCGACCAGCAGCUUAGCAGGAUCGGUCUUUUCGUCGAACACACUUCGAAACCCUAUUGGGAAUGUGGCCACUAUGCGGAAGAGGCUCGUGCGAAUGCGGGCACCACGAGCUGAGUUUCAGCUGCGGCCUCUACCCUACGAGCUGGACGCAUUGGAGCCUCACAUGAGCAAGGAGACGCUGGAGUUUCACUGGGGCAAGCACCACAAGGCGUACGUGGACAAUCUUAACAAGCAGGUAGAGGGCACUGAGGCGGAGCGGCAGAAUUUGAGCGAGCUGGUGCUGUCCGCUUACAACGACGGGAAUCCGAAAGCUUAUUUUAAUAACGCCGGGCAGAUUUGGAACCACGAGUUUUUCUGGUCGUCUAUGUCUCCGAGUGGUGGCGGAGAGCCUCAGGGAGAGCUUCUGGAGCUCAUUUCCAGCAAUUUUGUCUCCUACAAGGAAUUCGCGGAGCAGUUCAAGAGAGCUGCUGGGUCCCAAUUUGGGUCCGGAUGGGUGUGGCUGGUGCUGCGGAAGGACGGGAAACUUGAGAUUCUCAAGACGCCGAACGCUCUCACGCCCAUUGUGUGGGAUCAUAUUCCUUUGUUGGUUGUGGACGUGUGGGAGCAUGCUUACUAUUUGGAUUACCAUAACCAGAGACCGAAGUAUUUGUCAAAGUUUUUGGAUAAUUUGGUGUCGUGGCAAGCAGUAGGGGAGCGGCUUGCACAAGCUAAGGCUUUUGUCAAUUACGGGGAGCCCGUCACUUCUGAGUUGUAGAUAGUCUGCUGUUUUCGGUGUUUUUGUUUGUUGGUUAAACCUUAAGCCUUAAACCCUCAACCUGAAGCUCCACAUUUUUGCAGCUUUUUAGCGAUGGUAGAAGUUAGGGGUAGGUUCAUAUUGAGUCUUACUGUGGGGAGGAUUCAUAGAUUAUUGUUUCUUCCUCAUGGGCAAAGUUUGCCUUCGGUUGCAAAUUUGAAACCAGGUUUGUGGGAAUUACUUCAGGACUUAUGCUUCGAUGUGCGAUUUUGUCGCGUGUUUUCCAGCUGCUUGGAAACGUCUGUAGCGCGAUGUCAUAUUAGAUUUUAUUUUAUGUGAGGAGCAUUUGCGUUGCUCCAACAUACAGGGGUCUCAAUGAACAGUGGUUCAUAUUUGUCAUUACGUUCAUGAAGGUGGAGUCUCUGGUUCUUACGUGCGUUGAUGUUGGAUUUCCCUACGCUAUAUAAUGAAAUGAGAUUCGUUCUGUGUUCGCAGAGAAGUUCCUCA